AUAAGGUUGCUAUGAGGAAGCCGAGAACUUAUAUGUACUGUCUGAUUGGACAUUUUUGACCGGUUUACCUGUAACUCAUACGCGCACCAGCAUAAACUCUGACUUACGAUUUAUUGUCACUUUAAGGGGACUAUUCACAUGUAUGAGUAUAGAAGCAGAUGGAUGAAGAGCUUUGCUCGGUAAUACCACUCAGCUUUUCUGCGCACUCGGACCCGACGUAAAAGCGAAUAUUGCGAUACAGCACAAAUGACACGGAACAAAGUGCAGUUUCAACGGAUAACAGAUGACGCCAGUCGUCAGGCCAUGUUUGCACGGCGCAAGCAAGGCCUCAUGCGCAAAGCCAUGGAGCUGUCCGUGCUCUGCGACUGCGACGUAGCGUUGAUCAUCUUCGGACCUGGGUCGGGAUCUGGGUCAGGCGGGCCAGGGGCCGGUGGCGCCCCUCAGCAGCCCCCGCCCCCGCCGCCGCUGUACCAGUACUCCUCGGUGGGGAUGGAUGAGCUGCUGGAGCGCUACGCGGCAGCGGUUUCGGAGCCACAUGAGCGGCGGAGGAACGGAGAGUUGCUGCGGCAUUACUACGGCUUCCCAGCAGAGGAGGGCGGCCGGGAGGGGGAGCCCUCCUCCCUGGCUGCCGCUGCCUCUCUGGGGGCCGCAGACGGUAUCAUGCUGGGGCCGGGGGGCAUGCGGAGGGAGGAGGCAGCCGGCUGGGCCAAGCGCAUGCGCACUCCCAGCCCGGGCCUAGGCGGCCGGGGGGGCGGCGAGGGGGAGCUGCUGGCAGGGCCCGCGGGCGGCCCAGCAGCAGCAGCAGCGGGGGCUCCCGGGGCCUUCCCUCUGGGCGGCGCACCCCUGCUUGGCGGGCUAGCCGGGACCCACGCAGGAGCGCCCUCCUCCUUCCUGCCGGGCAGCACCGGGGCAGGGGGGCUGGGUGCUGGGGGCCCCGCGGGGCUGGCAGGGCCGGGCGGCGGAGGCACCCCGCUUCGGCGUGUGGCGGUGGUGGGCGGCGGCGGGCUGGGCCCCGCGCUGCCGCUGGAGGGCAUCAAGGCAGCCGGCUUCCUGGACAAGCGGAAGUACCCGGUGAGCCCCCGCAGCGAGGCGGCAUACGAGGCGCUGGGGUCGGAGCUAGACCGCCUCACGCAGCUGCGGGGCAGGCGGGCGGCAGCGGGUGCAGGCGGAGGCGGGGAGGCGAAGGGGCGGGGCGCCCCUUCACCUCCCGCCCCGCAGACCUUGCCUACCGGCCUGCAGCCCCUCUCCUCCUCCGCUGCAACCGGGCCCCUGGCCUUCUCCCUCGCAACCCAGCAGCAACACCUGCAGCAGCAGCAGCGGCAGGCGGCAGUUGCGGCCGGGGGCGGCGGCGCCAAGCGCUUCAAGCCGCUCUCCAUCUUGGUCCCUGAGAUCCCCGCGCACCCCAUCAUCUCCACCACCAGAGCACCGCUGCCAGCAGGCGCAGCAGCAGCAGCAGCGGGCUCCACUGCCGGAGUCGCUCGGGAGGGGACAUCGCAUGGCUCUGCCCCCCAGCAGCACCACCUGCAGGCCGCCUCAUUCAACGGCAUGCUGCUCUCCUCCCAGCUUCAACAACAACACCCGCACCAGCAACCACCCCACUCCUCGCAACAGCCCCAACACCACCACCCGGUGCAGGAGCAGGGCGGCCAAAGCGGCUUGCCACCGCGACCGCCGCCGCUGCUGGGCCGCCUCGCACCCACACGGGAGCAGCCGCUGCAGCCCCUGGGCAACCCGUCGGCAGCAGGGCAGGGCCUGUCCUCACUCCCACUGUCAGGGCCAGCCGGCGGUGCCCCCGGCCCCCUGCGAGGCGGCCCUCCACCCGGGCCCCACCAGCCGCUCGCUGACCCCGCAACCGCCGCUGAUGGCGGCAGCGGUGGCGGCAGCGUGUCCGGCCUUGCACCCAUGGACUUGGACGCUGCUGCCGGCAGCGGUAGCAGCAGCGCUGCCCCCUUCGCGUUCGACCGCCGCUGCGGCGGCGGCGGUGCAGCUGGCGGCGGCAGCGACGACUCCCUGCUGCCCGGCCCCUCCUCGGGCUGCUUCCGCACCUCCCUUGACGGCUGCGCAGCCAACCUGCUGUCCAUGCCCUCGCCGCCGCCGCACGGGGGCGCACACGCGCUGUUCGGGCCGCUGGACGGCGGCCCGCUGAGUCUGCGCAGCGGCAGCCACAGCAUGCUGGCAGCCAUGGGGCUGGGCGGCGGGGGCCCGUCGCCGUCCGGGGGCGGUCUGGGGCUGGGCAUGGGGCUGGGCAUGGGGCUGGGCGGGCUGGGGCUGGAGUCUCCCGGGGGGCCGCACAUGCCGCUGGACUCGGCGCUGCGGGGCCUGGCGCCCAUGGACCUGCUGGAGUGGCCCUCAUCGUCGCCCAGGUCGAGUGAGGGGAACAUGGACAACGGCGGCAGCGGCGGUGCGGGCGGGUUCGCGUCGGACGAGGGCGAGGGCGGCACGGUGGUGGAUGGGCUGGAGGUGCGGGGCACGGCGCUCAGCAAGCUCGCACCCGGGGCGCUGGAGGCGGCGCUGGGGCCGACCGCGGCUGAGUCAGGCGGGAGUGCGGGUGGUGGAGGCGGAGGUGGGACGCCGGGGUCAGCUGCGCGCUGCUCUGGUGCCUUUGCGAGCCCCUCCGCUGCGGCUGCAGCUGUGGCGGCCGCAGGGUCGAGAGCGGCUCAGGAGCAGCCGCUGGCGGCGGCGGCAGCUCGUGGCGGCGGUGCUGAGCCGGCGGGAGGGCGCUCGCUGCAGGGGCAGCAUGAGCGAGGAAGCGGGGCGCUGGCAGCGGCGGCUAACAGCAGCUUGGUGACGGAGUUGAGCUUUAGUGAGCUGCAGGAGAGCGGCUCGGGCAGCGGGGGCGUGGCUGCAGCGGCAGCAGCAGCGCUGGCGGCAGCAACGGCACGGCAGCAGCAGCAGGGCCAGGGGGCCGCGGGGGUGGGAGGGCCUGACCUGCAGGUGGUGGGUCGGGCGCUCGUGCUGCCGGGCGCGGCAGCAGGCGGGGCGGUGUCGCCGGGUGCUGCCGCUGGGGUGCCUGUAAGAAGCGAGGAGGGCGCGGCGGGUCAUGAACGGCAUGCGGCGGGUGGGAGUGCCGAAGCUGUUGUGGACGUUCCGUUGGGUCUCUGAUUGGCGAGGGCCAUCCUCUGACUUUCGACAUGGCUCAUGAUGUAUUGUUGGUCGUUUCAUGGCAUAGAGUUGGCGUCUUUGUCAUGUUACAGGUGUUCAAGUCGGUAGCACAGCUGCUUGCGAUGUUAGGCGUGUGUUUACCGUAUUCUCGCCGAGGGGCUUUGAAAGCAUACGAUUGCGGGUUUGCCAACGCACAAUUCGCUUCUGAAGACGAAUUCUGAAUUCGCUUCUUCACAUUGCAGCAUACUAUAGAAGUGUUCAAGCUGGCCGGCCAAGUUCCUCGAAGCCGACUACGGGUUAAUUCAUCAUGUGUGGGAAACCUAAGCGACCUCUUCCAGAAAGCCACUUCCCGCGUGGCUUGGUUGGCUGUGUCCAUACCCCAUGCUGCCAUCAUCCUGAGGACCAGCCAUUCUGUAUCAGACCCACGA